GGAGAAAAGAGGAGAGCGUAAAAGGGCAGUUACAGGGAGUGUGAAGAAGAAAAAGGGUAGAGAGAGAAAAGAGUCGUUUUCUUCUUCUUCUUUCUUCCUUCAAGCCCAAUCCUCUCUCCAGAUUCUUCAAGGGAACUCUCCUUUGUAGAACUUGGAGGAGGAGGAGAGGAAAGAAGCGUUUAUUUUCUCCCAUUCACGUUUCGGAGAUUCCAGAUCUCUUCUUAUCUUGUCUUCUUGAAACCCCGUAUUUUAUCCACCCGGAACAGAUCUUUUCGGGUUUUUCUUUCUCGAGUUUACGUUUUCCGAUCGCAUUCGGAAAAAAAGAGAGGAUCUUUUUGGGUUUUGCAAUGGGGGUGUAUGAACUGAUUAAAGGAGAGGAGAACGGAAUCUCAGAUCCGAACAAGAACUUCCUCAAGAUGGAGGAAGGUUAUACGGAGAAAGAACUCGAAUCAGCACGUCAGAUUCCUCCGGUGAAAUUCAAUGCCGUAGAAUCCCAGAAAUGCAUCUCCGUCGCCGGAGCAGAAGCCGGCACGAAACGCCGUCUCGCAUCGCUUGACGUUUUCCGUGGAAUCACCGUCGCUCUCAUGAUACUUGUGGAUGAUGCUGGAGGAAUCCUUCCUGCAAUUAAUCAUUCACCAUGGAAUGGUGUGACCCUCGCAGAUUUUGUUAUGCCAUUCUUCUUGUUCAUCGUUGGGGUUUCACUGGGACUUACAUAUAAGAAAUUGUCAAGCAGAGGCGUUGCUACUCGAAAGGCUGUGCUUCGGGCAUUGAAAUUAUUAAUCUUAGGUCUUUUCCUCCAAGGUGGCUACUUUCACGGCCUUAAUAAUCUAACUUAUGGCGUAGAUUUAGAAAAAAUUCGAUGGAUGGGUAUACUACAGAGAAUAGCAAUAGCAUAUUUGAUGGCUGCGCUUUGUGAGAUUUGGCUCAAGGGUGAUGACGAUGUUGAGUCUGGACUGUCCUUGCUGAGGAAAUAUCGAUUCCAGUGGUUGGUGGCUAUUGUGCUUACUACCAUGUAUAUGUCCCUGUUGUAUGGCUUAUAUGUGCCUGACUGGGAGUACCAGAUAUCAGGAAGUUCCUCUUCUGCACCAAAGACCUUCUCUGUGAAAUGCGGAGUUAGGGGUGAUACUGGACCUGGCUGUAAUGCUGUUGGGAUGAUUGAUCGUGAAGUUCUUGGCAUUCAACAUCUUUAUAAGCGACCAAUCUAUGCACGGACCAAGCAAUGCAGCAUUAACUCACCAGAUUAUGGUCCACUUCCUUCUGAUGCUCCUUCAUGGUGUCAAGCCCCUUUUGAUCCUGAAGGAAUAUUGAGUUCAGUGAUGGCUAUUGUCACUUGCUUGAUUGGGUUACAUUAUGGGCAUGUUAUAGUGCAUUUCAAGAAUCACAAGGACAGGAUCUCGCACUGGAUGAUCCCUUCAUUUUGUCUUGUUGUCAUUGGCUUUUCCUUGGAUUUUUGCGGAAUGCAUGUGAACAAGGUCCUCUACACUCUCAGUUACACAUGUGUCACCGCUGGUGCAGCUGGUAUUCUCUUUGCUGGAACUUAUGUGCUGGUUGAUGUAUAUGGGUACAGGCGCCCGACCCUGGUGAUGGAGUGGAUGGGUAUGAAUGCCCUGAUGAUUUAUAUCCUAGCAGCCUGCAAUAUUGUGCCAGUUGUACUUCAGGGCUUCUACUGGAGGAAUCCUCAAAACAACAUUCUUAGCUUAAUUGGAAUCGGGUCUUGAUUGUUGUGGGGAAACCGAGCUCUUUCUUACGAGGGGCACCAUGUCUUCGCCUCCUUGCCAUCAAACUGAGGAAUUUCCUUCCAUUUUUCUACCACGGACAGAAAAUGAAAGAAGGCCCAGGCUCAGUUUUGGAUAUGCAAGGCGAAUGGAAGGCUUCAUCUCUCCACCAAUCUCCCUUGCAUUUGCAUUUUUUGGAGAAGGCUUCUCUGCAUUUUCUCAAUCCUGUAAAGAGCUGAUUCCGAUGUCGAGAAUUCAGCAUGACUAGUAUGUCCUUAUCAUAUAUUACAUAUAAUAUAUCCCUGUUAAAGUUCCUUAGCAUCAAUGUAAUCUACUGUGUCUGAAUCAA